UCAGCGAGGGCCCUGAUGCUUACCUCUCCUCUAUCAAGUCCGCACGCUUGGAAGCGGAAGCGACCAAUUGUUUGCUACGCAGUAUUGUCACCGAAUCUCACGUGUGCCGUCUCUUUUCCUCUGUUUUUUGGGGAGCGACCACAUUCGAAUUAAUAGCAAGCCAUGCCAUCAGUACCCAUGUCCAAAGAGAUCCCUGUCAAAAGCUCCAUCUGCCCCCACGCUGCCAAGCUAGCUCACCAAAACAACGGUGAAGUCAAACAGCGUGAGGGUACGGUGUCGCUUAACAGCCUUGACGGUGCUCCUGCAUUGGGGGAGCCGAGCGCUCAGAGGAAAUGGAUCCGUCCGGACCUGCCGAGCCGCUGCACGUGGAGGUUGGGGGUCUCGGAGACGGAAUCCCCUCAUCCUCAAAUCAAACGAACGCCCACGCCGAGAAUUCUUCCCAAUAUUUUGCACCGAAUCGGUGACACUCCUAUGGUGCGGCUCAACAAAAUCCCAAAAGCUUUUGGACUCAAAUGUGAAAUUUUGGCCAAGUGUGAGUUCUUCAACGCCGGCGGCAGCGUCAAAGACAGAAUCAGUCUGCGAAUGGUGGAGGACGCCGAGAGAGCGGGGGUCCUCAAACCGGGAGACACCAUUAUCGAGCCCACCUCUGGCAACACCGGUAUCGGAUUGGCUCUGGCCGCGGCUGUGAAAGGCUACCGCUGCAUCAUCGUCAUGCCGGAGAAAAUGAGCAUGGAGAAGGUGGAUGUCCUGAGAGCGCUUGGAGCCGAGAUCGUCCGCACGCCUACCAGCGCUCGCUUUGACUCCCCCGAAUCCCACGUGGGGGUUGCCUGGCGCCUGAAGAACGAAAUCCCCAAUUCCCACAUCCUGGAUCAGUACCGCAACCCGAGCAACCCUCUGGCUCACUACGACACCACGGCGGAAGAAAUCCUGGAGCAGUGCGACGGUCAAAUAGACAUGCUGGUGGCCGGAGCCGGCACUGGAGGAACCAUUACAGGCAUAGCCCGGAAACUCAAGGAUUCUUGCCCCGACAUCAAGAUUGUUGGUGUCGACCCAGUCGGCUCUUGCCUCGCAGAGCCGGAAGAACUGAACAAGACGGAUAAGACCCAGUACGAGGUGGAGGGCAUCGGCUAUGACUUUAUUCCGACAGUCCUGGAUAGAUCGGUUAUUGAUACCUGGUACAAGUCCAAUGACGAGGAGUCCUUCAAUAUGUCUCGAAUGUUGAUCAGGGAUGAGGGCUUGCUGUGCGGGGGGAGCUCCGGCACCGCCAUGGCAGCUGCCGUCAAUGUUGCCCAAGAGUUGAAAGAAGGACAACGCUGCGUGGUCAUCCUUCCGGACUCCGUCCGAAAUUACAUGUCCAAAUUCCUGAGUGACAAAUGGAUGGUGCAGAAGGGCUUCUUGAGCGAGAAGGAGCUGAUGGUGAAAAAUCCUUGGUGGUGGAACCUAAACGUGCAAAAUUUGAACCUGUGCGCACCUCUCACCGUCUUGCCGACUGUCAGCUGCCAGAGGACCAUCCAGAUCCUCAAAGAGAAGGGCUUUGACCAGGCCCCAGUUGUGGAUGAGUCGGGGGUCAUCCUGGGCAUGGUGACUUUGGGGAACAUGCUGGCUUCUAUUCUUGCGGGGAAGAUCAAGCUGUCGGACCCGGUUAACAAAGUGCUCUACAAGCAGUUCAAACAGAUCCGCCUGUUGGAUAACUUGGGAAAGUUGUCCCGAAUUCUGGAAAUAGAUCACUUUGCCUUGGUGGUUCAUGAGCAGAUCCAGUACUUGACAGACGGCUCUCCCAGUUUAAAGCAGAUGGUCUUUGGGGUGGUAACCGCUGUCGACUUGCUCAACUUCGUCACAGGCCGUCAGCGGAGGGAGCGGUCUUUCUCGGAUUCCACGGACGAGAUGUGAAUGGUUGCAGUGCAGUGCAGUGCUUGUACAGUUUCACAGCGGCACGAGGUAUACAGAUGCGUUGAGUUCAUUUUGUCUCAAAUAUGGGGGGGAGUAAUGAUAGGGAUUCCUUUUUAUGUUUAUGUAAACGUGAGUUUCGAAAAUGAAGCAAGCUAUUUUAACCUUUGUUACACCAAAACCUGGGAUGGGGGUCAUUUUUUUGUUUGAAGAAAUUGGUUGUUACAAAGGGAAGCUGCAUGCUGUGCAUAAAGAAAGUUGUUUGUUACAGGAGAAAACGGUUUAUUUUUUGCAAGUGGAUGAGAUUUGCGUAUGUUUGAGAAAGGUGUUAUAAGAAAGAACACUCGAAGGAUUUUCCCUAAAUCAUCAUUUUCAUUUCUAGCUACAGUGCAUGUGUAUGCCGCUUGUAUGCAAACAACCCCAAAAAAAAAGUAUUUUGAGUAUCCUCCUACAUGAGGUCUUUAUGCUUUCAACACUUUGCCGCUAGUUUUCAGGGGAUAUUGGUUUUAUUGACUCAUUUUAUUGGAAUGGAUGUUGCUGGUUCAAAAAAGGUGGUUGAUGGUUCAAUAAAGAUGAUACAACUUUUAUUUUA